UGUAAACCUUCAGUCAAUUUGUUUAGGAUUGAAAUUAUACAUAUACGUUUUUGCGGUCGUGUGUUUGACUUGAUUCAUAGUAAUGCUUUUGUAAACACCAAUUGUUCUUACAUGGAUAUUAUUGUUUAUGAUGAACUGUUCAAGGGGUUUAAGACUAGUCAACAUGUACCCAGCAACUGCUCAGAAUUGUCUUUAGGAAAUAGAGGAAGCUUACUAGUGCAGUUUAUUGCUAAACACAACCUGCAAUGCUAGACUCUACCAGUUGAUCGUCGGAAAUGGCCUCCAAGUGUUGUGAAAACGUGUCCCUGCUAGUCUGCCUCAUCAUAAUCAUGUUUGGUAUGGGCUCCUGGAUCGCUAUCAACGGGAUCUGGGUGGAGCUGCCCCUCCUCGUUGACCAACUUCCGGAGGGCUGGAACCUCCCCUCGUACAUGGCCGUCGUCACCCAGAUCGCCAAUAUCGGGCCCUUAACCUACAUACUCACUAAUGUCUCCUGCCCGAGCAGAAAUCUUCAGAGACCCGUCGUGUACGCGAUGGUGAUUAUUGGAUCUGCUGCGUCUUUUUUGCUGGCGUUCUAUUGGACGCGGACGUCCGUCGUUGGCGGCGUGGAGCACAGCACGGCCCUGCUUGUGUUGAUGUUCUUUCUAUCUUUCGUUGACUGUACGUCGUCAGUGGUGUUUUUACCCUUCAUGAAUGUGUUCAAACCGGAGUAUAUGACGUCAUAUUAUGUCGGAGAAGGAUUUAGCGGGCUCAUUCCGAGUUUGGUGGCAUUAGGACAAGGUGUUGGUGCCGUUGAAUGUGUAAACCAGAGCUUCACAAAUACCACUACAAAUGUGACAGAAUUUAGCACAGGUGCAGUUUAUUUGGAGCCACAUUUUCCAGUGAAAUAUUUCUUUCUGUUUGUAUUUUCAAUGAUGGUGACGUGUGGAAUAGCGUUCGUGUUACUUAACAACUUGCCUCUCUGCAAAAGGGAAUAUGCAGAUCGAGAAUCCAAAAUUACACAUUCAUAUGAUCUCUGUGAAGAAAUAAACAUGGUAAGGACCCAGAAGAUCGUUAGUGAAACACAUGGAGACGAAGAACCAGAACAAAGUGUUGAGCACCAUGCAACGGUCAUAAAGUUAUCAAAGUGUUCUUACCUUUACCUUCUAAUUGUUAUUGCGUGGACGAAUGCACUAACGAACGGGGUUCUUCCAUCCAUCCAAACAUACGCCUGCCUGCCAUACGGUUCAGAAUCAUACCACCUUGCAGUCACACUCUCCCAGAUCGCCAACCCUGGCGCCUGCUUCCUUGCCUUUUUCAUCCCGGGCACGUCCGGUACAGUCCUGGGUGCGGUCACACUUACCGGAAGUGCGGUGUCCGCCUACAUUCUCGCCCUCGCUGUGUACAGUCCAACUCCGCCGCUCGUCGGUUCAGCUACAGGACCAGUAUUAGCGGUUGCGUCAUUUGUGCUCGUCUUCUUCCUGUUCACGUUCGCCAAGGUCAACAUAGCGACGGUACUCCGUCACGCGGGCGGUCGCGGGCUGCUGUGGUGCGGGGCCGUCACUCAACUGGGGUCUGCCCUCGGGGUCGCCGCCAUAUUUGUUGUUGUGAACGUCUACCAAGCGUUUGUGCAAAAGUACCCAUGUACGUGACAGUGACAUAAGCUCAAACAUACCGACCACUUAGUUAUAUUAAUAAGAUCAAAAGGUCUGCAAUUAUUUUAUGCUACUUACCGGCCAAUUAAAAAGCGUGCGUAUUAUGUAAACGAGUCCGCAAUAGUGUGUGCAUUAUGUAAACUAGCUUUAAAC